AUGGGAUAUGUGAUGGAGGCUGUAACAAGAAUCUUAAAGAAGGAACCUACAGGGAUGAGCAAUGAGACCGUCUUUGUGUCUGAGUUUGUGCUGCACUGUGAAAUCACUUCUGAAAUUAGAAGCAUUACAGUUGUUGCCUUGGCCAUAGUUUAUCUGGCAACCGUUUUUGGAAACUUUUUGGUCCUAUUAGUAAUAAUCCUGGACCACCAUCUCCACACUCCCAUGUUUUGUUUCAUUUUUGCCCUGGCUGUUAUAGACUUGCUAAACAACACUAAUAUCAUCCCUAAAAUGAUGGCCCUUCUUCUCUUUGACACUUCUCCAAUACCAUAUGGUGCCUGCUUGGUUCAGAUGUUCCUGGUCUUUUAUCUUGAGAUUGUAGAAGUCUUUCUCUUCACUCUCAUGGCGUAUGAUCGCUUUAUCGCUGUCAUUUACCCGUUGAGAUACCCUCAGCUUGUGACGGGCAGAACUGUGUGGGCAGGCAUUUUGUCAUGCAAUAUUAUCGCUGUCAUGCAAAUGACAGAAAAUUUAAAAUUUUUCACUGAACUUUCUUUUUGUCGUACUAAUGUCCUUCCUUACUGUUUCUGUGACUAUGCCACCAUGGUUCACAUUUCUUGCAAUGAAAAUACUAAAUAUUUAAGUUCUCUGUCAACAAACGCAAUUACAAAUGGUUGUGGUACUUUGAUAAUAAUCCUCAUAUCUUAUGGCAAGAUCGCCCAUGCAGCGCUUAAGAUUUCCUCGGCUGAAAGCAAGAAGAAAGUCUUUGAUGUCCUCGUCACACACCUGCUCGUGGUGUUGCUUUUUUAUUUACCACUGAUGACUGCUUUCAUUCUUCCUGGAUUAGGAGUAAAGCUGUCAACCGAAGCCUACAACACUCUGGUUGUAGUCGCUACUAUCCUUCCGCCAAUGAUCAAUCCCAUCAUCUACAGCUUUAGGAACAAGGAAAUGAAAAAUGCAAUAAAGAAAAUUUUCACUGGAAAGAGAAUGACUCUGGAAAUCAACAACCGUACAUAA